UAACUCUGGCCUCGCGGUCCCAGCCCUGUGCUGGGAACGGUUUCAAAGCAAGCUAAACGUUGGAGUUUAGAAAUACCAGAGUAUGGUGAGCUGGAAAGGCUCUUUGGGCAGUGAAGAGAAGGUUCAAAACCUCAUGUUUUAGGUAUUCACCAACAUUGCAGGUUGUGUAUUAUUCUAUUAUUCCCUCAGAGUGUUUAUAUAAAGCUAAUAACUGAAAAAGGCUUAAGAAAUCACCAAGCUGCUGACUGACACCCCUGCCACUGGUGUGUUUUCUUUUCAGACGCUCCUGUAGCAAAAGAGGCUCUUGCAAAGAAAUAAGAAUUUUUAUAAGAGAAUGGAUGGAGAAGAGAAAACAUACGGCGGGUGUGAGGGCCCAGAUGCAAUGUAUGUAAAGUUAAUAUCCUCUGAUGGCCAUGAGUUCAUUGUAAAAAGAGAGCAUGCAUUAACAUCAGGAACAAUAAAAGCUAUGUUGAGUGGACCAGGACAGUUUGCAGAAAACGAAACGAAUGAGGUGAAUUUCAGAGAGAUCCCAUCCCAUGUCCUAUCCAAAGUAUGCAUGUAUUUCACCUACAAGGUCCGCUAUACUAACAGCUCUACGGAGAUUCCUGAAUUCCCAAUUGCACCUGAAAUUGCACUGGAACUUCUGAUGGCUGCAAACUUCUUAGAUUGUUAAAUAAAAAUAAAUUAUAAUAAAAAUGUAAACUUCUUUUCAGUAUUUAAUACCUGUAGUUCAGUUAGUUUCUUUUUUUUCAGAUAGCAUGUUGCGUGUGUGCUGUUGAGAACUGUAAAGUUCACUGCAGAGGCAAUGGCCUUCAGUCCUUUCGCCUAUAGCAAUCAUUCAGUUGAAAUUUGUUUUGCUGCUUCCACAAAUAAGGACCUUUUCACCAACAAAUAAACAAAUAUGCCAAUUAGUAGAUGGCUAUGCCUUAUCCUUUAGGUGUGCUAGAGCUUUCUUUUAAUGCAAUUACCACAUAAAAUACUGGAGUGUAGACUAAUGCUCUGUAAGAGAUAAUUACAGCUCAGUACAAGUCGCUGUUUAAGAUUUCUAAUGUCACUUUGUUGUUGCAGUUUCUAAACAUCUGAACUUAAUCUCCUUGAAGAUAGUUGUCCUUUUAGUGUAGUCCAACCACGUGGGUUAGAACUGCCCUCUCCGGGCUUUCUUUUCUAGCAGGGGUGCUCCAGUGAGCUUGGAAGUGGAGUGUGUAGGAAAAUGGUUAAGACCCUUACUUAACAUCAUAGUAUAGAUGUGGGGAGCCAAUUUGAUACAUUUUUCUCUUGUAACCUAAUUAUUCCCCUGUAUCAAAGAUAUUCAAGUCACUCGUCAGUAUAGUUAGUCUGUGGCCCUACUGACAGUGGCUUUUAAGGGAAAAUACAACUGUGCUACAAUCUUUGUGUAUAUUAUCUUCCAUAUAACAUAGCUAGAUAUUCUUAAUGUCACUUGAUCUCAUAAGGAUUUUUAUUAUUUCUUUAUUUUUUUUUUUUUUGCCCUUAUGAUUUCUUAUGGAAACUCCGUAUUUAACCUUUAGAGUAGUGGUCAUUUAAAUUUUCCAGCACAGCCAUUGAAAGAUACCCGUUAUCCUUUACCUCUUCCGUAGCCUCUCUCUGAUAUCCACAAAAAACAAAUGAGAGCCCUUUUUUAUUUGACGGAAAGGUGCAUUAAGCAGAUGUUUAAGGAACUUUUUAUAAAUUUCUUAGCUAUUUCCGAUGUUUUUACAAAUAUUUUAGGGGGGAAAGGGUUGUCAAGCCACUGACAUAAGCACUUGAGUAGAACACAUUAUCUGUGGGUAGUUCAUGUCGGUAAUUGCCUAUACUAUCAAUUCCUUGUUCAAGUUUAUGGAAAAAAAAACCAAAAGAUGAACUGAAACAAACUGCGUUUUUUUUUUUCAUCAACAGCUUGAAGAACUGUUUUGCCAAAAUUAUCUGUAAAUGACAAUAACAAAUGUAUCAUGGAAAUGAUGCCAGGGCAAGGUAGUAGGCACUUCCCUGAGCUGCGAGGGAAGUGAGAUCUACAUGAGAUCUUUUAUUAUUAAGAAUUGAUUAUGGUCUCUUCUGAAAAUGCCAAUAUCAGGUGGUGGGGUUUCCUUAUUGAUGUAUUAAAUAAUGGUGAAUUCAGAGGGUGUUUUUUAAAAAAAAAAAAAAGAAAAAAAGGAAAGAAUCGUCUCUAAGCCUGCUUGCCAGCACAGAGAGAACACCUUGUGAAGAGGCAGUCAUGGCAAAGGCUGGCAGGGGUGCAGGUGGGCGCCGCGCUGUGGAGCAGGCUCUCGCUUCGGCGCUGGCGAGCAGGCCGGCUCGGCAACGCUACCGCUGCAGCUUGGCCCUUGGCAGAAGGCAGCAGCCUGUGCCUGAGUGCUCGGGUUAGUGCUCCUGGGAACUAACUUUCAAGAGCACUAAAAAAAUGAAAAAGACACAAAAUGGAAGUACCCUGUUAUGCUGCUUUUAUUCAAGCCGCUAGAAAUGCCCUGAAAGUUGAAGGAAUAUUGACAUGGCUCUUCUAGUCCCAGCUUCAUUUCYGACUGAGACACGCUUGUUGUUUAGCCAUAUUUUAACAGGCUUUGGAU